AUGGCCGAAUUCGUGCGAGCACAGAUCUUCGGAACGACGUUCGAGAUCACAUCUAGAUACUCGGAUCUGCAACCCGUGGGCAUGGGUGCCUUUGGCCUUGUUUGUUCCGCCAAAGAUCAGCUCCAGAACCAGAAUGUCGCCGUAAAGAAAAUAAUGAAACCCUUCAGCACCCCAGUCUUGGCCAAGAGGACGUAUCGAGAACUGAAGUUGCUGAAACAUCUCAAGCACGAAAAUGUCAUCUCUCUCAGCGACAUUUUCAUCUCCCCUCUCGAAGACAUCUACUUCGUAACAGAACUCCUCGGAACAGACCUGCACCGAUUACUCACCUCGAGACCUCUAGAAAAGCAAUUUAUCCAAUAUUUCCUUUACCAAAUCAUGCGAGGUCUGAAGUAUGUCCAUUCCGCCGGCGUUGUCCACCGUGACCUCAAACCCAGCAACAUCUUGGUCAACGAGAACUGCGAUUUGAAAAUUUGCGACUUCGGCCUUGCUAGAAUCCAGGAUCCUCAAAUGACCGGAUAUGUCUCGACGAGAUACUACCGCGCCCCUGAGAUUAUGCUCACGUGGCAAAAAUACGACGUGGAGGUUGAUAUUUGGAGCGCUGGGUGCAUCUUCGCUGAAAUGCUAGAAGGGAAGCCCCUAUUCCCCGGAAAGGAUCACGUCAACCAAUUCUCCAUCAUCACCGAGCUCCUUGGUACCCCACCUGACGACGUUAUCAACACAAUUGCUAGCGAGAAUACUUUGAGAUUCGUUAAGUCCUUGCCAAAGCGGGAACGUCAGCCACUCAAAAACAAGUUUAAGAAUGCUGAUCCAGAAGCUGUUGACCUACUUGAGAGCAUGCUUGUGUUUGAUCCCAAGAAGCGGAUCACGGCCACCGAGGCACUAGCACACGACUACCUUGCUCCUUACCAUGAUCCUACUGACGAACCCGUUGCUGAGGAGAAAUUCGACUGGAGUUUCAAUGACGCUGACCUUCCUGUGGAUACAUGGAAGAUCAUGAUGUACUCGGAGAUUCUUGAUUAUCACCAUAGGGAAUCCAACGUGACUCAGCUCGAGGAAUUCAACGGCCAGUAG